AUGAUUAGGCUUCCGACGUUAGCGAAACGAAUCUCACGUGUGGUUCCAGCUCCUCUUUUCGCUAGACCACAAGGAGUUAUUCGACUCUACUCUGAAAAAGUUUCCACACAAGAGUCCGCUGAACCCCAGAAGGAGGAACCCGAGCAUACUAUAGACGUCCCUUGGUAUCUUAGAGAUGAUGUGGCUUCCCCUUUACAUGAAGAGAAGAAAAUAGAACUCCCGUCCAUUUCUGAUAGUGCUCCAGUCGAAGUUUCCAAAUUUUGCCACCUUUUGGCCGAGGAAUAUGGUAUGUCAGAUAUCGAUCUCUUUGAUAUGACCGAACUUGACGAUUCUCAUGAAUUCAAAGCCAAUAACAAAGACAUUGACUACAUAAUAAUCUGCACCGGAAAAUCCGAGAAGCACAACUUCAAAGCAGCUGGCGAGUUUCGCCAUUAUCUCAAACACGAAUAUAACUACAGUCCAGUUAUGGAGGGUAUGGUCAACGGAGCGAUGUCCCCAAUCAUGCGUAGGAGGCUUCUUAGAAGAGCUUCCAGAGGGCCUCCAGCUACUUUCAACGACUAUGGAAAGGCUGCAAAUUCAUGGAUAAUGUGUCACCAUGACCAUAUCGAUGUACACAUUAUGACGAAAGAACGCAGGGAAGAUCUAAAUCUCGAAUCUCUUUGGUGCAAGCCCGAGGACGCCGAGAAGUAUGCUCCUAAAGAGCAAAUGCCAACAUUUUCAGACCACAUUUUCAGUGGCAUAAGACGGUUCCAUACGUCUGCAAGGACGUUAUAUGCGAAUCUGAUGUCAUUGGAGAGUAAUCUUACUGAAUUACAGAACCUCAGCAUGGAUGCCUCUGACCAAGAUAUAAAAGCUCGUAUCGAUGCCUUUGAAGCAGACAUUUCCAACCCUACAUUCAAGGAUCAUAACUUAAGAUACGAACUAUACAGAUCUGUUCACCUCACACGACCUGACCUCGUAUCCUUCGCUCAAGCAGAAGAAGCCCUCUUGGCCAAGUACGCAUCAUUAGAGUUGGCAUUUGACAAGACAGUUGACUAUUCGGACGAGAAAUCGAAUGACGUCGUCAAAUACAUCAAACUCAUCAUAGACUCCCCAGAAUGGUCGUCGCCAAACUUCGAGCAUAACCAAAUCGAUAAACGAUUUAACCAACUUUCUUCAUUCCUCCGCGUGAUCUACUGCUUUUCCCAAGAACGAUUCAACAUGACAGCAAAUCCAGAACUAGUACCCCUUCUUUGGCGUCUUUCAUUGCACGAAGAUCUGGAGCCGAUUACACCAUUAACGGUGGACCGCAUAAUUCAGGACGGCGAGGAGAUCAACCGAAAAGCUCCAGCACCUUCACUUCAUUUUGCAUCCAACAAAUUGAGAGAUGUCCUAUUUCUUCUAUCUCGUCAUGAGUCGCUCGAUGGUUCUAACUCUGAGCUCACCGGCAUGUUCCAAGAACUUAUCUUGUUCACUUAUGGUAAUGCCUGGAAGUGGGACAAGUUCUGGAACCAAUGGGCCACGAUCUGCCUAUCAAGAAUACCACCCACAAAGGAAGAGACUCUUCGGUCCUGGUUAAGACUUACAGUCUUUCUCAGUCUCACCAACAACAGAGCUCAAAUCUUGCAUUACUUUUCUCAACACUGGGACGUUGGGUCUGAAGCUGGUGGAACAAUGAUGAAGGCAUUACGUGACUGUGACGGUAAAUUUCCUUCCGCCAAUGAAGAAACUGCUUUCAAGAACGCUGUGAUCUCCAUGUUGGAUAGACUCGGGGACGGAAAAUUUGAGAAAGUGCGGGACUUCAUUGAUGAGCUUUGA